AGUGAGUAUCGCAAAAAACCCGCAUUCUCUGCCGUUUUCGUGUCAUCGCCACCCUCUUCUUUCCGCAACAACGACGGAGCACUCGCCACACGUUGAAGACCGCUUUGUACCCCAGAUAAAGCCAAUUUUGCUUCGCUUUUGAGCUCAUCCCGCCUUCGCCUGCUCCUGUCGCAUCUCCGUAAUGCCACCGCGUCGCCAGUCUUCUCCCAAGUCGCGAUCUCGGUCCAAGUCAUCGUCGCCGCGGAAGUCGUCGUCGGCGCGCCCGUCUGCACAAACCGUAUCGAAGAGCCCGUCGCUGCCUCCGCCAGACCCGGCAGCGGUGCAGCGCCUCAUCGAUGAGGCCAUCGCCCGUGCUCAGCGCAACCGCGCAGCCAAUCGCGGUGCCGCAGCUCCGGAUACUGCCUCGGUGUCCUCAAACGAACAGCUGGCUCGUCCAGGCUGCCUGAGUGCCGCGCGUAGCUUCCUCUUCGGCUCGCGCAACUGCAUGUACUCUCCUAGCACGACGGCGGCGCUGACGGAUGUGAUCGGUGCCUUCCUAGUUACGUGCAUCACCGUGUACUUCACGGUAUCGGGGUACCUCUUCUACCGCGAGUUGGCCACUGGCGAGUAG